AUGUCUUACCAACAGCAACAGUGCAAGCAGCCCUGCCAGCCUCCUCCUGUGUGCCUACCUCCAAAGUGCCCAGAGCCCUGUCCUCCUCCAAAGUGCCCUGAGCCUUGUCCUCCUCCAAAGUGCCCUGAGCCAUGCCCCCCUCAGUCAUGGCAGCAGAAAUGCCCUCCUGUGCAACCUCCUACACCCUGCCAGCCGAAGUGCCCACCCAAGAGCAAGUGA